AAAAAAACAGAGUCGAAGAAAAGCAGAGAGCUGCCCGCAAGCAGAGAGAGUUGAGUCGGAAAGGAUUUAAACCUCAAUGGUUUGUGAAGCUGAUUCACCCAGUUACAGGCGAUCAUUAUUGGCAUUUCAACAACGAGUACUGGUUAAAGCGUAAAGAGAAACAAUUGGCUGGCUGUGGUGAUAUUUUUUAAGUACAUAUAAUCACUUAUUUUCUUUGAACUGGUCUCAUUUAAUGGAAAUCGGACCAUUUUGACGUUAGAAUGUUUUCUAAUUGUACCGUCUCGCGUUGAAUCCAGCAAUACCGCGAGAUUUUCAAGCAACGAGGAUAGGCGCAGGCUACUCAUCGCUCAAUACGUUCGAGUCAAAACUCAUUCUCCUAAUUAUACAAUGGGUAAAAAUUCCAGAGUCACCAACAGCUUUUCGGAAAAUGAGUCCCAUACUCCACCCAUCUUGGAAAUUGGCUUUAGUGAUCCGCUAUUUUCAGUAGCAGCGCACCCCACACGCCCAAUUACAAUAUCGGGAUUGGGAACUGGUCAUGUUUUUUGCCACACAUAUAAUCCCGAGGUUCUCGAAAAUUCUCUUGCCGCCAAAAGAAGUAGCUUUUUAAAAAAAGAGAAGAUUGAUAAGGUGCAACUUUCACUGCUCAAGAAAAAGUGGUGGAGAACAGAGGCUGAUCAUGCAAACAUUGUUAGUGAUGAGUCGAUAGGUGUCAGUUGGAAGACCAAAAGACACAAAGGGUCCUGUCGGUCAGUCAUGUUUGACAUUCUUGAAGGUUCAGCAGGUGAGAACGUUUUUACUGUAGGCUCAGACAGUGUAUUAAAAAAAGCAAAGACUGAGACGGGUAAGGUACAAUCAAAGAUUGACAUCUCUUCGCAUUUCGAAAACAACGAUGCAAUUACUACGUUGGCUAUGUCGACUUCUAACCCAUUUUUAACUUCAGGCACAGAAAAUGGCAAUGUUUUAGUUUUCGAUAGCAACAAUUUAACUUCUGGAAAACUCAAGUUCAAGUUGGAAAAUGUUCAAGAGGAUGCGGUGAACAAAAUUCUCCCGAUGCCUGCGGUUUCUGCAUAUCAUUUUCUUGCAUUGGGAUCUACAAGAUUGGCUCAUAUUGACAUAAGGAAAGGAGUUAUCACUCAGUCAGAUGAUCAGGCAGAUGAAUUAUUGUCAAUGUGCUAUCCCACCGAGUUUGUUAACGCCCACAAAAACGACACAGUAAUUGUGACUCAUGGGGAAGGAGUCAUAACUCUUUGGAGAAACUCGACGAAUGGUCUCUCUGAUCAAAUUUCAAGGGUUAAAAUCAACAGGAAUGCAUCAAUCGACGCCAUAAUAUCCACAAUGAAUUCGGGUGAUGAUAAUUUGAUUGAUUCUGUUUGGUGCGGGGAUAGUGAUGGAUACUUGCACAGAGUAGACUAUAAAAGAGGGAAAGUUAUGGAGACAAGGCUUCACUCUUCACUAAUGAGCAAAUCUGGCGCUGUUGAUGAGGUGAGUGGUCUCGAUAUUGAUUACGAUUAUCGUCUUGUGAGUUCCGGCAUGGAAGGUCUAAAAAUUUGGUCAGGGCAAAUGUUUGAUAACCUUGAUAAUCCUGAUACAGAUAGCGAAAGCUAUGACAGCGCAAGCUCUGAAGAGAUGGACAUGUCAGAUUUUGACUCUGAUGCAUUUAGCCCUUGUUCCGAUGACAAUUUUGGUGAAGAUGAGGCAGUAUCAAAACCCAAAGCGAGUGCUUUAGGUACUUUUGAUGCGCCUGAGGAUCGAAAGGAAGAAGCCAGUGAGCCUGAUUACCAUGCUAGCCUGCGUGAAACUUUACUGAUUUGUAAACGAAAGCGUGUUGAUGUGAUGCAUACUUUGAAAAAGCCAAAGAAAGAAAGAAUUGAUAUCAACGCUAUUGCGAAAAAGAAGGAAGCCAAUGAAGAUAAGUCUGCUUCAAAUAAGAAAGCGACUAAGUCUAUGAAGAAAAGGUUAAUUGCAAAUGGUAUUGGUAAAUUCAAUGAUUUGUAAUAGCCCUUGUCGUUAUAUGUCAAAACUAACAGUUUACUGAGCCCCGAAUUCUAUUCUAAUACAUGCAAAGUAAAUCAUCAUCUAGCAAUCUCUUUAUCAUUCGAUAAAAGAGGAAGAGCAAAUUCAUGGGCAAAUUUUACUCGCACAUCCGAUUUUAAAACUGCC